AUCGAUGCUCAGCAUGUUAGACAAGCACGUGUUCAUCAUUUUCGUUUCAGUUGUCCGCGUGGGCUGUUUUCAUUUUGUUGAGUUCAACAGGCUUCGUUACAAGGAUCAAAACCAAUUAGUUUGCAAUGUCAUGGUGCAUUCACAUUAAAGUAGCGCCAUGGAGAACGAGUUUCAGCCAUUCGCUACAAUUUACACGACGGCCCUUCAUAAAUCUACCGUCGCGGGGUCCAUCGAGGUCCCUUGUACAGGCAUGACGCAGAACCUGACAAUUAGUACCCUGCCAGCGAAGCAUUUACCGCGUGCACAAUCAACUCCAUCGACACAAACGAAACGAUCCCCCAGGGAUACAAACAUGCAAAUCAGCCUAAGUAGAUGCGAAUCGCGGAUGAAAGCGCAUGCUACAAACGAGGUGGAAACGAUGGGAAUGAUGUGUCACGGCCACGACCGAUGCAGAGCAGGAGACUGGAUGUACGCAGACAGUGCGCACUCGAAACCCUGUGUGAUGCGGCCAUUGGAGACCGACCAACCGAGGUCAGUGUCUUAUGAAUUAGUGGAGUUUAUCCCAAGACCUGCAAGUUUAGAGACAAGAGCAAGACAGAAGCGGAUGUUGAUUCCACUUAUCUAUGACAGUAUUUCCAACCCGUUGGGCAGAGUGCGGAGUGUGGCUAGUGGUCUGCAUAAGGGUCGUCAAGUUGAAUUCCAUAAAGCGAGAGUACCUCAAGGAUCAACACCCCGAACGUUUAUUUACGUGACCAACACACCCUACCAGGUAAGGCACAGCAGCAAAGCUACAAGUCAGGGGUUGAUGGCAAGUGGCGUUCAAGUUUCAACUAACAAACUGAAUGAAUUGACGCAUUCUAAAUCAUCUACGCAAUCUACGUUACAAGAAUAUCAUGCUGAAGAGUUUCACAAUGAGGCGAAGGAUCCCGUGCGACUAAACAGAUUCUCCAGUAACGCCGCAUCCAAAGAGAGAAUGGUGGUAACCAGAGCACCUGAAACGCAUUUAGAACAUUACAUACUCUCAUCACAUGACGUAAGAAAGGAAGUUGAGUUAGACCAAUAUCGGUUUGGAAAGGCAUCCACAGAUUCCGUCUCUUCUGAGACAGAAACUUCGCGUACGAUUUUGACGACGUUAAAGAGCUCGCUUUCGCAAGCGUGCCGUCUUAAUGCAAUAGUGUCUCCUUGUUUAGACAGUGCAAUGGAAGCAUCAUGUGACGAAUCAGCUGAGUUCAUACGGCUUAAGCAGCAUCCACAAAGUCACCCAGAAAGUGCAAAUGCCACCCUCGACCAGUCGAGUUUCAGCGACGUGGACAAGCGGUCAAAUGCUAAUUGCCAGAACUCCCAAUGCAGUCCGGCAGAAUUUUCUGGUGAAGCAGCACACGACAAAUUACUUAGUGCAGUACUGGUGGACUCAUUAUGUGGUCAUCUAGAAGGUACAGCUCAUUCCACAGAUCCGCGAAUCCAAUCGGUGGUCAUGCAAAAGAAGCUGACAGUGACAUCAAAGACGCUUGAAUUGCUUCUUAAUGAAGUAGGUCACUUGGUGUCAGCAAAAUCAAAGGUAAAACAGAAACAUGACAACUGGGAAUCAUCUACGGGUCAGCAGAAUAUUGACGGUACCCCAAUACUAUCGGUUCCUCAAGGGGUCUGCAUUCAACCAAAAACAACUGUGAAUGCGUGGUAUAGCGUACAUGGCCAACAAAUCAUCCGUAGAGCAAAAAGGUGCACUAAUCCAUCAGCAACCGACAGGUGGAUCAAAAGUCAGUCUGUCGCUGUGUGCUUCACUGCAGUAGAGCACAGACGCAUUAGGAGCCUUCGUCGCACAGCUGUACCGGUAAUAAAUAUAGCGCUUGCACACCCGCAUCUCGGACGCAGCGCAGAGAUCAUUGAUGGGUCGGGUCAGCUGCCCUUCGUGGAUGGUAGGCUGAUGUACCGAAACAAAUCAGAUUACCACCCCAUGGGAGCUUCGUCCAGUUACUCUGAAGUGCCCAGACAAAGAUUCUCCACCUCUAUGAUCACAUCCAUCCAGUAUCCCUUGGCCAUAGGUGAAAACAUCGUGGAUAGGGUUGGGCAAGUUCUACACAGCCCAGUGUCCGAUUUCCCUCUACUCAACAUAGAAGAGCGUGACCGCUACACACCGGAAACCGAUAGCAGCUUUUGUCACAACACAAGUCAAACCAACCCACAAUACUCCGCGGAACAAGAAAAGAUAGAGUUCCUACUAAACUCCAUUCUCGUCAUGAAAAGAGUUGAGGUAGAGCAGAGUGAUCACAAUCGAUUUCAUCCAGUUAAAAGGCGUCUACGUGACGGAGUUCCGGAUAAGUGUCUGAAAGUGCCCCUAUCAAUCGUUGACUUAGAUGAGGUAGUCUAUGCGCAGUUAUUCGAUUUGAACGGGGGAUCGAAUAACUUUUCAGAGGUCAAAAGUAUGCCGCUAUUGAUCUGCAGCAGUACUAGAGCACAAAGAGAGUGUGAGUCAGCUCAACAUACCUCACCGAUAACGACGAGUACGUUGUUAAAGAGGAAGGAUGAAGAGUUCACACUUAUCUCACAGUUGGAUGCAGAUGUUGUCUGUGGAACAAACGUUUCACCUAUCGGCGCAGUCCAUUCGGUCAUUUACAACGUAAGUCCAAGAUUCACUGAGCCACAGAAAUGUGCGGAGCCCAUGCAAUGCGUCGGGAAGCUGCGAGUACAGCCCUCCAGAACACCGGAUCCCUGUCCAUUCAGAGCAGUCCAGACAAAUGACAUAAUGCUUCAAAUCAAAGAUCAAAACGUUUUGAUGUAUCCUAUCUCAGUAAGCGGUGUGCGGUCAGGUAGGCAGUGGUUACGUAUUCGGAAUCCACCAUUGACAAGAUUUCACUACCACAGACCAAGUUCUGCAAACACCGCUUACACUACAAAAUACAAAUAUCAAGGAGGCGACGAAUGGAGCUAUCGAUCAGGCAUGAGAGCUCCAACACCAUUUUGCGUGGACACAGGUGAUAUGAACAGGUGUACUACAAGCGACAGGAGAGAGGAUGUUUUGUAUGACAUGAUGAUGGAGUACCUGCGGGCACAUGAGUUAUACACGAUUCACGGUAAAAAGAGCAUUAUUCCAAAUAGGUACAUAUCUCCUUUGCCUCCAUCCAUUAUGAUCAAUUUAAGUGGAUGGCCUAGAGAACAAUAUGGAAUGACGAUUGGUCAUCCAGAUGGCAUACAUCUGGAUGCUCAAGACAGCCGAUAUUUCGCAGAGGUCAGCAUAAGGCAGCAAAUGUCCCACAAGUCACAAAGGGGAGUAAGACAAUGGAAAACAUGCGCUCCAUUUGGGAGAAUCUUCCGCAGGAGGGCAGCGUCCUCACCUCAGUAGACUACCACUGGCUUAUUGACUGUGCUCGAAAUCGGUCAAGGCAGAAGUGGAAACCGAGCGCCACCAGUUCAGGCUGAUGGACUACGGGGGCUGAGGAAUUAUGUACAGAAAUAGGAGGAGAUAAAGGAAGAUAGAAUAUUAAGACGGUCACAGAUUUUAUCAUGCCAUUAUAACCAUAACUUUUCGUGGAAUUCAGUCACAAUUUUUCCUUAAGACUACACUUGUUCCACCAUGUCCAUCUUGAAUAAACCGGCUCCCACGGCAUCUACC